UGUACACAAAUUGGCGUGUUUUUAUUUUUCAUGCAGUUUCGUCAGAUGUUCUACAGAAAAGCUCUGACACAUAAUAGUUUGCUGGAAAUUCUUUUCAGACUAAAAGCUUUUAAAGUGUCAUCGAAAAGCAAGACAUAUAUAUCUGAAAAUUUUAGACUCGAAAUAAAAGAACGAGUAAAAGACAUUAAACAUAGAAGCCACAGAAAUAUGGAUAAAACUGCUGAAUCUAAGAAAACAUUUCGACAAGAAGUUAACGGAGUUGACCUGGUACGAAGAGUUAAGUACAAGGAUAAAAAAGACAGCCUUCCACCUCCAGGAACCAUUGAUCUUCGUGUCAUAUCCAGUGGCGGUCGUGGUACUCCUAAAUCUGUACUCCUGAAUACAACAAAUGAAAGUUACCUGUUUAACUGUGGUGAGAACACAUAUAGAAUAAGCUGUAGUAGCAGACUUGAUAAAUUUUCUAAAACAGAAAACAUUUUCAUCACACACAAAUCUUGGGACAACAUUGGAGGAUUACAUGGUAUGGCAUUAUCUUUAGAGGCAGCAGGUGUCCCAAAAGUAACAUUGCAUGGUCCUACAGGAAUAGAAACUGUGACAAGGGAUGCUAUAUUUUUUGCAGAAAGUUGCAGAAUAAUAAUUGGAAGGCAACAGCCAUGGAUGACAACCUAUAGUGAUGACAAUGUCAACAUUACAUAUGUUCCUUUAUUACCUGUGGAGAAAGAACAAUUUCAUAAUCCUUCCAAAAAUAUAUCUACCUCAAAUAACUCGGAUGAAAAUACCAACUCAAAUAUAGUCUGUCAAGAUAGUUCAAUAACAUCAGAGGGAGCAUCAAAAUUGUCUACAGAACCAUCUAGUCCACCAACAAAAAAGAAGAAAUUAUCAGUGUAUACGCCUUUAACAGAUCCAGAUUGUACUUAUGCAUACAUUAUUAAGCCACAUCCACGUCCAAGAAGUGUUGAUUUGAGCAAAUGUGCAAGUUUAGGAUUAAAACCUGGUCCUCUGAUUGGGAAGUUAAAAAAUGAAGAAAGUGUGACCCUACCUGAUGAAACAGUGAUUCAUCCUGACCAAGUGUUAAUGCCCAAGGAAAACCCAAAACCUAUUGUAGUUGUAGAAUGUCCAAAUGAAGACUAUUUGUACAGUUUAUUAAGAUCUGAGAAGUUAUCUGAAUGUCAAGGUGACAACGACAACUCAGCUGAAUUAAUUGUACACAUGUCAUCAUAUGACAUUGUUAAUAAUCCACAGUAUCAACAGUUUAUACAGAGAUUUGCCAGUUCAACACGCCAUAUGUUUCUACAUGAGAAGACCAGUACAUUAUCAUUAACUGCAGUGUUAGAACUUCAAAGCAGCCUAAAUAUGCUCAAUUCAACAAUAUUUCCUCAAUUACAUAUGCCAAAGCAGCAGAUUGAAGAUUACAAGAGUGAAAAUCAUAUAUUAGCCAAACCUUUCAUGAAAUACUCUUAUAGACCAAAAAAAAUUGUAUCAGUUGAAGAUUGUUUACCAGAAGAUUUUGAAUGCAAGACAAGAGACCAGAUAGCUGGUGACAGUAACAUUAUGAAAACCGUAACAGAUUAUAAAGAAGUGAUUUCAUCCAAACAGUCCACAACCAAAGAUAAAGGAUCUGAUUUCCCAGAAGUUGUGUUUUUAGGAACAGCUUCAAGUGUACCAGGAGCUUUUAGAAACUGUACAAGUAUUCUUCUUCAUAUGGAUGAAGAAACCAAUUUAUUAAUGGACUGUGGAGAAGGAAGUUUAAGUCAGCUAUUAAUGUUAUAUGGAGAUAAAACAGAUGAAGUAUUAAUCAAACUUAAAGCUAUAUUUAUAUCACACUUACAUGCUGACCAUCAUCUUGGUAUGUCAGGUUUAGUAUUUGAAAGGAAAGCAGCAUUAGCCAGAGCUGGAAUGGAAAUAACUCCCAUCCUCCUGAUAGCUCCUGUACAGAUCAUUAGCUGGCUUAGAACCAAUGAGGAACAGUUUCGUGUAAACAGUCUGAAAGAAGUUCUACAAUUAGUAUAUAGUCAGAAUUUAAUGAGAGAACCAUAUACUGUUCCAAUUAAAAAUGAAAGAGACCCAACUUUAUUGGAAGUAGUAAAGACUAAACUGAAUUGUACAGAUUUUUUACCAGUGCCAGUUCUACAUAGUAAGCAUGCUUGUGGACUAGUCAUUACACAUAAGUCAGGCUGGAAGAUUGUUUACUCUGGUGAUACUAUGCCAUGUAAAGCUCUCAUUGAAACAGGGAAAGAUUGUGAUUUAUUAAUCCAUGAAGCUACCCUACAGUCUGAUAUGAUUGCUGAUGCUGCCAAAAAAAGACAUAGCACUGUAAAACAAGCUAUAGAGGUUGGGAUUCAAAUGGAAGCAAAGUUCCAGAUGUUGACCCAUUUUAGUCAGAGAUACAAAAGAAUACCACUCGUUGAGCAUAAACAGUUCCAUAAUAAAUUUGGGUUGGCAUAUGACUUUAUGAAGGUUAAAUUAAGUGAUGUUGGAGUAUUGAAUGACAUGAUAGAUCCACUGGCAGAAAUAUUUAAAGAGGACCUUGAAUAUGCCAGAAAAAAAGAAAUAGAUAAUAAACAGAAAUCUAAACAUAUUUCUAAAAGACUAGGAAAUUUAUCAGAAGUACUGAAAGCUGUGUGAUGAAUAUAAGAAAAAUAAACAAUGCAUUUUCCAUAAAUGAAAUUUGUGAUAAAAUAAAAAUAAUAAGUUGAAAUGAAUUAAUACAAAAAAUAAAAAAUUAAUUGUUA